AGCAAGAAGAAUGUGUUAACUGCACAGAUGAAUGCAGAGUGCUUGGUCAUUCUGACAGGUGUUGGAUGCCACAGUUCCCUGCAGCCAGUCAGGCUGAGAAUGCAGAUUAUCGCACAAAUCUCUUUGUACCCACAGUUGAAGCUAAUGUUGAGACUGAGACAUACGAAACUGUGAAUCCCACCGGGAAAAAGACUUUUUGUACAUUUGGGAAAGACAAGAGAGAGCACACUAUUCUCAUUGCCAAUGUUAAACCUUACUUAAAAGCCAAACGUGCCCUGAGUCCUCUGCUUCAGGAGGUUCCCUCAGCAUCGAGCAGCCCAACCAAGACAUGCAUUGAGCCUUGCACCUCAACAAAAGGACCACUGGAUGGUUGUGAAGUGAAAUCAGGAGCCUUGGCUGAAGCAAGCAGCCAGUACUUGUCAACUGACAGUCAGUACCUAUCGCCUAGUAAACAGUCAAAAGACACUCCCUUCAUUGCACCAGAUCAGAUGGCUAGGGCCUUUGCAGAUGUGCAUUCCCGAGUGAGCCGAGACUCGAGUGAGAUGGACUCUGUUCUGGAGCAGUUAGAUCGUUCAGCCCGGGAUCUAGGCAGGGAGUCGGUGGAUGCAGAGGAAGUUGUGAGAGAAAUAGACAAGCUCUUGCAGGACUGUCGGGGAAACGACCCUGUGGCCGUCAGAAAGUGAGGGGGAAAAUAAGGACAGGCUGCCAGUUACGUUCCUCUUCUGCUGAUUAAAAGUAAAUAAAUAACUCAAUCCCCUGGUGGUAACAGAUUUACAGAAAUGAAGACCAAUGCUGCUUUAAGGCUUUUAGUGAACAUCUGAAGUGCCCACAAGUAUGUUCUUUUCACUGCUCUUUCUUUUUGACAGGUAACACUGGUUUCAUUUUGGCCAAACUUUCAUUAGGACAGAGUCAAGUACACUAAGAACAAAAUGAAAGAAGGAAAGACGGUGCCAUUUUGACAAUCUGAUAGGAAGGUGUGAGUAAGGAGGAAUGGAAGUACGUCUGAUACUUUAAGACUGUCCUCAAUAGCUGAUGCUGACUUUACUGUUUACGCGUAAACCCCAAGAAAAACAGGGUUGAAUAAUUCUUAUCUGUGGUGGAUUUCCAGCAGUCACCACAGGCUUCUACUGAAAGUCCUAAAAAGAGUUCUUGUAGUAGUCCAAGCGACACCAAACAUUAACAUUCAUUUGUGGUAAACAUUUAUGUACAAAGUUAUCUGCCAC